UGGCCGCUGCCGGUCGGUCCGCUGGUUGGUGGGUCAGUUGGUCGGUGGGUCAGUGGCCGGCAGCUCGGUUCUCUGCUCUCAUGUUCGGAGGUGGGAGGGACACGGGAGCGGCCCGCACACCUGAGCCACCCGAGGAGGAGUCCCGCACCCAGUAAGAGAAGGAGGAGACGAAGCAGGCGGGAAGAGGCAUGGCUUCGGAUGCCAGUCACGCGCUGGAAGCUGCCCUGGAGCAGAUGGAUGGCAUCCUUGCAGGCACAAAAACAGGUGCAGAUAUUGGUGAUGGUACCUGUGAGCCUGGAUUGGCUUCCCCAGCUUCCUGCAUGAACUCCUUCCCCGUGCUCCAUCUUGUUGAGGACUUGAGGCUGGCCCUGGAGACACUGGAGCACCCUCAGGAGAGAGCAGCCCUCCUGAGCCAGAUUCCAGGCCCCACAGUUGCCUACAUAAAGGAGUGGUUCCAGGAGAUCUCGUCCCAGGUAAAUCACCACAGUGCUGCUAGUAAUGAAACCUACCAGGAACGCUUGGCACGUCUAGAAGGAGAUAAGGAGUCCCUCAUAUUGCAGGUGAGUGUCCUCACUGAUCAAGUGGAAGCCCAAGGAGAGAAGAUUCGGGAUCUAGAGGUGUGUCUGGAGGGACACCAGGUGAAACUCAAUGCUGCAGAGGAGAUGCUUCAACAGGAGCUGCUAAGUCGUACAUCUCUUGAGACCCAGAAGCUCGAUCUGAUAACUGAAGUGUCUGAACUGAAACUCAAACUGGUUGGCAUGGAAAAGGAGCAGAGAGAGCAGGAGGAGAAGCAGAGAAAAGCAGAGGAGUUACUGCAAGAGCUCAGACACCUCAAAAUCAAGGUGGAAGAGUUGGAAAAUGAACGGAACCAGUAUGAGUGGAAGCUGAAGGCCACUAAGGCUGAGGUAGCCCAACUUCAAGAGCAGGUGGCCUUGAAGGAUGCAGAAAUUGAGCGCCUGCACAGCCAGCUCUCGCGGACCUCCGCCCUUCACGGAGACCAUGUGGAAAAAGACCAAGAAAUUCAGCGUCUGAAAGUGGGGAUGGAAACCUUGCUUGUUGCCAAUGAAGAUAAGGACCGCCGGAUAGAGGAGCUCACGGGGCUGUUAAACCAGUAUCGAAGAGUAAAGGAGAUUGUGAUGGCAGCUCAAGGACCUUCAGAAAGAACUCUCUCCAUCAAUGACGAAGAACUGGAAGGAAGUUUCAGAAAAUGGAAUGCUACAAAUAAAGGCCCCGAAGAAUUAUUUAAACCAGAGAUGCCUCCAAGAUGUAGCUCUCCCAUGGUGGGGCCGCCUCCACUUCCGCAGAAAUCACUGGAAACCAGGGUUCAGAAAAAGCUCUCCUGUAGUCUAGAAGACUUGAGAAGUGACUCUGUGGAUAAGUGCAGUGAUGGGAUCCCGCUCUCCCCGGUGGUAGAAACCAAGGAUGGUCAUCUCCAGGCAGAGCACAGAUACCCCACAUCGCCUGGAAAGCUUUCAGGAGUCACACCCAACGGAGAGGCUGCCAAAUCUCCAGCCACCUCCCCACCAGAUCCCACAGGGAGCAGCCUGCUGAGACUGAGAGACACCGAGAGUGGUUGGGACGACAGCCCUGUGGGCAACGACUUCUCAUCCACGUCAUCUGGCACUGAGUCAGGUCCCCAGUCUCCCCUGACACCAGAUGGGAAACGGAGCCCCAAAGGCAUCAAGAAAUUUUGGGGAAAGAUCCGAAGAACUCAGUCAGGAAACUUCAACACUGAUGCACCAGGGAUAGCAGAGUUUCGACGAGGCGGGCUCCGGGCCACUGCAGGGCCAAGACUUUCUAGGACCAGAGACCCCAAGGCUCAGAAAUGUGACGCCAAUGCCCCCUUCGCCCAGUGGAGCACGGAGCGCGUGUGCACGUGGCUGGAGGACUUUGGUCUGGCUCAGUACGUGAUCUUCGCCCGGCAGUGGGUGACUUCGGGCCACACUUUGCUGUCAGCUACGCCUCAGGAUAUGGAGAAGGAGCUGGGAAUUAAGCAUCCUCUUCACAGGAAGAAGCUGGUUUUAGCAGUGAAAGCCAUCAACACCAAGCAGGAGGAGAAGUCUGCACUGUUAGACCACAUUUGGGUGACGCGUUGGCUUGAUGACAUUGGCUUACCCCAGUAUAAAGACCAGUUUCAUGAAUCCAGAGUUGACGGGCGAAUGCUGCAAUACCUAACUGUGAAUGAUCUACUCUUCUUAAAAGUCACCAGUCAGCUACAUCAUCUCAGCAUCAAAUGUGCCAUUCAUGUGCUGCAUGUCAAUAAGUUCAACCCCCACUGCCUGCACCGGAGACCUGCAGAUGAGAGCAACCUUUCCCCUUCUGAAGUCGUGCAGUGGUCCAACCAUAGGGUGAUGGAGUGGUUGCGGUCCGUGGACCUGGCAGAGUACGCACCCAACCUUCGCGGGAGUGGCGUCCAUGGGGGUCUUAUUAUCCUGGAGCCACGCUUCACUGGGGACACCCUGGCUAUGCUUCUCAAUAUCCCACCACAAAAGACACUCCUCCGACGUCACCUAACCACCAAGUUCAAUGCCCUCAUUGGUCCUGAGGCUGAACAGGAAAAACGAGAGAAGAUGUCCUCCCCAGCUUACACCCCACUGACCACCACUGCCAAAGUCCGGCCAAGGAAACUAGGAUUUUCCCAUUUUGGAAACAUAAGGAAAAAGAAGUUUGAUGAAUCGACUGACUACAUUUGCCCGAUGGAGUCCAGUGACAGCACCAGCGACAGGGUCUAUGGUAGCUACCGGGGCCUCAGCCCCCUGGAUGCCCCUGAACUGGACGGGCUGGACCAGGUGGGACAGAUUAGCUGAUGCCCUUGGCCCCUCCCCGUGCUGUGCACCGAGAGCCUUACUAGCGCUGUGUGUGUCACCACAUAACUGCAUCCUCCUCCUGCACGCGUGCCUGCCUCGCAGAACACACCCCGGCAACUGCGCACCCCUUCUCUCUGCGAAGCCUGAGGGUGACUGAGGUGUGGAAUUACCCCUUUGCUAAGAGACCAGGGUUUGGGACUGUUGCCAAAGGUGGACUCAGGAGGAAAGACACUUACAGACGUUUGUACAUUUUAAGUGUUUCUUCGUGUCCAUCUUCAGCCCAAUGGGAAAGACAUGAACCUGGACACAAGAGACCACGGACAAUCCCGUGAGAGGUUCCGCUCUCAGCUCCCUCCAUCACACAUCAGUUGAGGGGCAAUCAGUUGGGCCUUUGGCCACAGGUCAGGGUUGUGAUCGAGGGGACACAGCAGGGCUCUCUGCCACGGAGACGGCGAAAUGUGUCGUGCCUUACUACAGAGGCGCUGCUUCUUGCAAUAAAAUCAGUAUUUAUGUAGAAAAUGAACAGUGCGGCCUAUCUUUGAACAUGCGGAGGAACAGAGAGGGCACAUC